AUGGACGGGCCGCCCUCGCUCUUGGCGACGUUCGCGGCCGCGUGGAGCGCGACGCUGGGUCCCUGCUGGUCGUGGGGCUGGGCGACGCCCGUGGCCCUGGCCUGGCACCCGCCGCCGCCGCUGUCUUGCGGUUCGGACGAGGGCUGCCCCUGCUCCUGCGACCAGGAGCUCCGGCGCAUCAUCGACCUCCAGGGCGAGGUCGUGACCCCAGGCGGAGGUUUGGGCGCUCCGGUGCCUGCUCCUCGCCGGGCUGCUGGUGCUCGGCCUCGCGACCUCGGGCGCCGGAGCGCUGGGGUUCCUGGCCGGCUGGUGCCGGCGCUGCUGCUGCGGCGGGCGCGGACGAUGGCCCGAGGGGAGCCCUCCGCGCAAGCCGACGCUAUGGCUGACGUGCUGACCGUGGACAUUGCGGACCCGCAGAUCCUCGUGCGGUACGAGAACGAUCCGAAUGGAUUCUACUGGCACCACAAGGUGCUCCUGUUCCGCGUGGACGGCGACAUCUGGAUCGCGCUGACUCCGGACCUCGCGCUCGUGCGGGUCAAGUUGCUGAACGUCCAGCACGAGGUGCUGGAGAGGCGGGCGCCGUUCCCGCCGCACUUGGCGAAUCAGGUCUACGCCCACGACCCCAUCGCGGGCGCGGCGCUGGCCGGCUACCGGCGCAGGGCGAAGAUGCAGGGCCAGCUGCUGGGGGUCGGCCAGGUCGACGCCGUGGAGCGGAUGAUUUGGGUGAUCGCAGAGGCGCGUUCGGCGAGGUUCGGCGAGGUCGUGGACGCUGCUCUGAUGGACGACGACGCUCACGGCACGAGCUUCGACGCGAAGGGCGUGGUGGUACUGGGCGGCGAGGAAUUCUUUGUGCAGAAGAUAGCGGCUAGCGGCCUGGCGGACUUCAAGAAGGAGACGAAGAUCCGCACGCUCGGCGACCACACGGACGACGCGGGGCAGCGGGUCCUCCACCUGACGGAGGCGGUCGCCUUCAUGCGCGACACCGAGCAGAAGGGCUUCCCCCUGUCCGGCAUCAGGAGCAUGAAGGAGUUCCUCGACAGCGUCGGCGCCGGGCCAGGCAACAUGAUCUCGUACCAGGCGGAGUGGGAGCGUCUCAGCGGCGUAGGCGAGGGGUUGGCCGUCAACCACGUGCAUCGGAACUUGUGUGAGGUGAUUCGUCUCAUGCAUUCCUGGGACCAGGUCGACCAUUCGAUGAUGGCGUCGGCCGAGCAGAUCGUGCGCUGGCUGAUCCAGACGGAGAUAGCGGUGGAAAGGAACCCUCGGCACCCCGACUACAGUGGCCUCGACAUAGUAAUAUCCGCGCCCGUCAACGCCGUGGGCCGCGCCUCGACCUCGAAGUUCAACUCCUGGGUCACCGACCGUCUCAAGGAGAGGGCCGCCAUCUGGAAGCAAGGGCGGCUCUAUCGGCGCGAGAUCGACGGCGCGGAGAUCCUUUCCCUUUGCCUCGAGAUGCUGCUGCCCUCGGCGAUGCAUGUGACGCUGCGCGGCUACGGCAAGUUUUUGACUCGGCUCGGGCCCUGGGGGCACCUCCGGCCAACCGCCGUGCAGCGCUGGAUGCUCCAGAAUGUCGCCCGGCGGGUCGAGGCGUAUGGGGGCGGCCCUGCUGACCUUGCCGAGGAAUCAUCCCUGUCGGAGAUCCUCAACUCUAGAGACCACUACGGCAUGGAGCCCAAGAGCCUGGCCAGCUUCGAGUUUGACCAGGUCAAGAUCCUGCGUCGGAAGGUUCACGUGCGACCCAUUCGCCGCGAACUCCCUCCUGCAGCCCUCGGCUACCUCAGGCACUCAGCCGAUCUGAUCGAGAUGGGCGAGACGGAGCUUGAGAAGGAUCGAGCCGAGAGCGCGGGGUCCUCGCCCCACUGGGACCCCAAGCUUCGGCGUUCGCGAGACCUACAGAGGCGACUGUACCAGCGCUUGUGCCAGCAGGGCCUGCUGACCUGGCGCCGGCGGCUGAAGGGGCGCGCGGGCAUCUUCGUGGUCAAAAAGAAGGAUGGGCCCCAGAGGCCGAUCAUUGACGCCCGAGCGGCCAAUCGGGCACAUCGCCCGCCACCUACCACGCGACUGGGGUCCUCGCGCUGCAUGGCCGACCUGGACUUCUCUGACCCCAGGCUGAGGGCCUCCGGUUUCGGCGGCAUCGGCUCGGGGCUUGCGGCUAGCCCGCGCGGGGAGGAAGGCGACGUCGGGGACUGCUUCUACAACUACACCGUCCCCGAGCUCGCCUCUUGGUUCGGCUUCGAGGACCGCUUCGACACCCGGCCGGCCAUGAUCUGGGACGACUCCGAGAGGGCGGAGACCAAGGUCGAGGACGGCGAGGUACUCUACCCAUGCAUGGCCGCUGUCUGCAUGGGCUGGUCGCGGGCCCUCUUCUUCGCCAGUGAGGCCGUGACUCGCCGUGUGGAGCGGCCCCUGGACGGAGGUGCUGACCAGAUCACGCGUGAGAUGCAGCCUGCUCCAGCGCUGAAGCCUUGCAAGUGCGUGGCCGGCGUGCGCGUGCACAACGAGCAGGUCGUCGGUGGCUGCGCGGGCGCCGCAAGGAAGCAGAUGCACUGCUGGCUCGGCCACGUGGCGAACUUGAACCAGCUGUGCCCGGAGGCCAUGUCCGCGCUGAACGUCUGCUACCGCUUCAUCGAGGAGGAGGGCCACAUGGCCGACGGCCUCGGCUACGUGCGGGGCGACGCGCCCGGCCUCGCGGCGGGGCCGCGCACGGUCGACCUGGACGCGGGGAUCCCUCGCCUGGCCGACGGCUGGGCCGAGCGGCAGCGCUGCCAGCUCGUCGCGGCGGACAGUUGGCGCUGGCAGGAGGAGCACAUCAAAUUGAAAGAAGAUCGGGUGGCCUUGAUGGGCCUGCGGCGUCACUGCCGCGCAGCGGGGCGGCUUGGCUCGAAGCUGCUCACCCUCAGCGACAGCCGGGUGACCGUGGGGGCCUAUGAGAAGGGCCGCUCCAGCGCAGGGCUGCAGUCGUUGUGUCGGCGAGCUGCGGCCCACCGCCUCGGUGGACAGAUCGCACGGCGGCUUCGCUACAUCGAGACGGAUCGGAACCCGAGCGGCCAGGACUCACGCCGCUGGGGCACCAAGCGAGUGGCGGGGCCGGAGCGCUCGCCGACCAGGCUGGGCGUCGCGCCGCCCCGCGCCCAGGGGCUGGACAGCGCGCCUGCUGGCGCGCCGAGCUUGUCUGUCGAUCAGUCGGGCCCCGAGGGGUGUGAAUUUUCCGAGAUGAGUAUGUUCGGGACAACCUAUCGGAAGCCCACUCGGAUCCUGACGGACGCGGGGGCCCUGAGGGCCCCGGGGGGGCGGCGGCCCCGCGUCUCGCACAAGCACGCGGUCAUGCUGCACGGGCGCCUCACACCCCAAACUGCCGCAUAUCCGUCACCAGUGGGCUCAUGCUGGGCGGACAUCCUGGUGGCCGCGCCCCCCCGUGGAGCGCUCGCCCGCGCCGGCGACUUCGACCCCGAGGAGCUCUGGCAUGGCCACCUCCGGGCGGCGGGCCGUCAGCCAGCGCCUGGAGGAGCGGCGGUGCGCAGCGAGGACAACGAGCUCGCCCACGACGUCUGCAAUGCCGCCGACGGCUUCCUCAGGGCGGACCCCGUCAUCCAGUUUGGUCAGGACAAACGACCUCAGCGCUGGCAGGCCCACGCGCACUGGCAGGCAGCCGCCGCCAGGCGCGACACGCUGGUCAUGGCGACGGUGACAAACGACACCCUCGAGCGGCACGCGGCGGCGGCGCACGAGUUCGAGGUCUAUGCGAAGGCCAAGAAGCUCGACCUGCAGCCGCUGAGCCGCCUCGACAACUCCCUGUCCCAGUACUUCGUGGACCUGUUCGACGACGGCUUCGGCGCGUGGGAGGGCCGCAACACCUUCUACGGCUACAGGCUCCUGCGGCUCAAGACGACCGGCGAGGUGGAGCUCCCGAAGGCACUGGCCGCCUUGAAGGGUUGGGCCAAGCGAGCCCCAGGCCGCAUGCGCAUGCCGCUGCCCGACAUCAUCGUAGACGACAUCGCGCUACCUGGUGGAGCGCCCUCCGAGACGGUGGAGCUCCGGCAGGGCCAGAUCCUGCCGCCCGCGCCAGCCGCGAAGCUCGGCGCGCACUUUGGCGCGGUCAUCGCGCCCUCCGGGUGGCACGAGACGACGAAGACGGGCGGCCAGGACGACAGCGUGCUGAUCGGGGACGCGGCGCGUCCGCGGCAGGCGAGCGCGAUUAAGCUCCUUUUCAAGCCCAGGGCGCCCGACUCUCAGAGGCUGUUCAACUUCACCUUGCCCGAGUUCGAGCGCGAGGUCAAGCGCAGCCGGCGCAGCGGGGCCUCGAACGACAAGGCCCACGGUCGCCGGACGUUGAAGGAGAUUCAGAAGCGCGGCCGCUGGGCAUCGUCCGCGUCGGUGGCCCGCUACGAGAAAGGCGCCCUCCUGCUUCAGCAGCUCAGGAAAAUCCCCGUGGCCGAGCAGAAGAUGGCAGCGCGCAGGAGCGCUAAACUGCCUCAGGAGUUGAUCAGCCGCCUUCGCAAGUUGUGA